CUAACGGGCCAGGGGGUGGAGGGGGCUCUGGGCCUGGGGGGAGUUUCCGGAGCGACCCACCGACCCCGUCGCCCCUGAGCGUAGGAGGGCCCUAUUGACUCCUAGAAUUUAGAGGGGACUACCCCAGGACAUCCUCGAGAGAAAGGGCAUCCCCUGGAAAAGGGGACCCGCCCUCGGUCGCCCCUGCACCGGUAUGGAGAGAUAUUCCCACCGGAGAGUCUCUAGGUUGGCGUGCAGCAUGCUCGCUGGCUGCACCGGGCCCUCCCAAUAGAGACCCACCAAGGGAUCGCUCUGCCUCUCUUUUAAGGGUGGUGUCUACCUCAGAAACUUAGGCCCUCCUUUGUUACUGUGAGCGAGGUGGGUGCCCACGUUUCGGAGAGAAACCGUUCCGGGGAACCCGGACUUCUGGCCUCUAUGCUGUGUUGCGUGUCAGGGUCACAGACGGUGGGAUUCUCCGCACUCCCGGGACGGGCUGCCGCCCUCAUUCACGCAUUCAGCACAUUCACGGGUUAAAAACUAAUAUUUAUAUAAGACAGAAGAGAAAGAUGUCAUUCCGUAAAGUAAACAUCAUCAUCCUGGUCCUGGCUGUUGCUCUCUUCUUACUGGUUUUGCACCAUAACUUCCUUGGCCUGAGCAGUUUGCUAAGGAACGAGGUUUCAGAAUCAGGAAUUGUGGGGUUUCAGCCCAUAGACUUUGUCCCAAAUGUUCCCCGACAAGCUGUAGAUGGGAGACGAGAGGAGAUUCCUGUGGUCAUUGCAGCAUCUGAAGAUAGGCUCGGGGGGGCCAUUGCAGCUAUAAACAGCAUUCAACACAACACUCGCUCCAGUGUGAUGUUCUACAUCGUUACACUCAAUGGCACAGCAGACCAUCUCCGGUCCUGGCUCAGCAGCAGUACCUUGAAAACCAUCAGGUACAAAAUUGUGAAUUUUGACACUAAACGUUUGGAAGGGAAAGUAAAGGAAGAUCCUGACCAGGGGGAAUCCAUAAAACCAUUAACCUUUGCAAGGUUCUACUUGCCAGUUCUGGUUCCCAGUGCAAAGAAGGCCAUAUAUGUGGACGAUGAUGUAAUUGUGCAAGGGGAUAUUCUUGCCCUUUAUAAUACACCAUUGAAGCCAGGACACGCAGCUGCAUUUUCAGAAGAUUGUGACUCAGCCUCUACCAAAGCUGUCAUCCGUGGAGCAGGGAACCAAUACAAUUACAUUGGCUAUCUUGACUAUAAAAAGGAAAGAAUUCGUAAACUUUCCAUGAAAGCCAGCACCUGCUCAUUUAAUCCUGGAGUUUUUGUUGCAAACUUGACAGAAUGGAAAAAACAGAAUAUAACUAACCAGCUGGAAAAAUGGAUGAAACUCAAUGUAGAAGAGGGGCUGUACAGCAGAACACUGGCUGGCAGCACCACCACGCCUCCUCUCCUGAUCGUGUUUUACCAACAGCACUCUACCAUCGACCCCAUGUGGAACGUCCGCCACCUUGGUUCCAGUGCUGGAAAACGAUAUUCACCCCAGUUUGUAAAGGCCGCCAAGUUACUCCAUUGGAAUGGUCACUUUAAGCCAUGGGGAAGAACUGCUUCCUAUUCUGAUGUCUGGGAAAAAUGGUAUAUUCCAGACCCUACAGGCAAAUUCAGCCUGAUCCGAAGACAUAUGGAGAUCUCAAAUGUAAAAUAAAACAUAGUUUAUGCUGUAAGCAUUUCUCAGGAAAUCCUGGAAGACAGUAUGUGUGGGAAGUAACAGUUGCAAGGCUUCAAAGCCUAUCUGUGGCAACCUGUGGAAAAAGGGACAUUUCAGCUGGGUAAAGAGGACAAACUACCCCGGCUAGCACUCAGCUUCCCAGAUAGACUAUAAAUGUCUCCAUCUGCCUUACCAAGUGUUUGCUUACUACCGUGCUGAAUGACCAGAGGUGAAUGGACUGACAGGGAUGGUACAGCUAGUUCAACACUGCUGCUUGGUUUUAAUUUUGUAACCUUAACCUGUGGUCUGAUCUGUUAAUAAAGUGAAACCUACAUUUUUCAA